GUUAUACGGCUUUACUCGGCUUGAUCAUUCAUUUCACCUAUGUGCGGAUUUACUCCACUGCAUGUCACAAAGGAAAAGCGAUUGCAGAACUAAAUAUUGGAAAUAUCAAAGGCAAACUCCUCCCCCGGUGAUGUCGUGAAAAAUCGGGUCCACCUUUAAUUACUGCUGUCCACUUUCUUGGUGCUUCCUCUGCAAGCUCUCUCAAUGCUGCGUGCUAUUAAGUCAUGAGAGUUACUCCCUGAUCCGAUCUACUCUUAAAAAACACACACAACCAAAACAAAUCUGCUGUGUUAAAAAAAAUAGUAUGGGGGAUCAAAAGGAAGUGACCAUGGUCCAGAGGUCCACUUCGUUCAGCAUCAAGAGUCUGCUGCUGCCGUCUAAAAGCGAGGCGCGGGACGCGGGGCUGUGCGAGAAGAGCGCGUUUUCAGCAGGAUCUGAUUUAGAAAAACCCAGAGAUCAGACCGACAUGGAGCAAACGCAAAAGUCCAAGAAGGUGGAUGAUAAAGCGAGCGAUAAAGGGGAAUCCGGUAAAAACGGCAAACUCGACAAGCCUCCGUUCAGCUACAACGCGCUGAUUAUGAUGGCCAUCCGCCAGAGUCCUGAGAAGAGACUCACCCUGAACGGCAUCUACGAGUUCAUCAUGCAGAACUUUCCCUAUUACCGGGAGCAUAAGCAAGGAUGGCAGAACUCCAUCCGGCACAACCUGAGCCUAAACAAAUGCUUUGUUAAAGUACCGAGGCAUUACGAUGACCCUGGGAAAGGGAACUAUUGGAUGCUGGAUCCUUCGAGUGAUGAAGUGUUUAUUGGAGGAACGACGGGAAAACUCCGCCGGCGUUCAGCCACUUCACGAGGCAAGCUGGCCAUGAAGCGGGGUCUGCGGUUCGCACCGCUCGGGUUUGGAAUAAAUGACAGGUCGAGCAAUCCUCUGUACUGGCAAAUCUCCCCCUUUUUAUCUCUACACCCUCCAUCUUACAACGCCCCAGCAUCCGGAUUUCUGAAUCAAGGGCACGCUUAUGGUUCACUCAUCCACGGAGUGGAUCAGCUCGGGAGCGGUGAGCUCGCGCGGCCCAUGCUCAGCUCCGGAGGUCCUCUCGGUUUUACGAACACUUAUGGGAUGAGCUCGUCUCCGGUCGGGUUAAUACAGAGUCAGCAUGCUUAUUUGGGAAGCCCACAGCAACAGCAGCAGCCCGCGCCCCCGCAGCAAAACGCGUCCCCGUUCGGCGUCUCCGCCACUUCGGCGCGCUCGCUGCUCUCGGACACGCUCAGGGCCACGUUACCUUCCUUCAACCCCGUAGGAUCAAGCGACUUCCCAGGAGUUUUGUCUCAGCACAAAAGGGUCCUUCCUCAUUCCUAUUUAAACUGAAAACAAGUUUCUCAAGAGAAGAGAAGGCGCAAAUUUUGUAGGAAUUCUAACGAAAUUACGCACACUCAGGACGUUACCGUGUUCCUGUCCCGGAGAGCUCUUGGAGUUUUCCUUCAACCAAAUAAUAAAUUGUUUCUGAAACUGAACUUCAGCUCACACAUAUGGCCAAACGACCUCAAGCAAUAUGUGCAGGAAUUCUAAUGAGAUCUUAGGAAUGAAGCUGCAGUAGAAAAGGAAAAAUCCCAACAAUCACAGAACUAUUCCGAGGGGACAUUUUAUUUUCUUACCUUUGUGCCAAGCCUGUAUCUAGAUUUGCCAAAGGUAAAUGCUAUAUCGCAUAUGUUAUUUAUAUCAUCUUCAAUAACACUUUUAAGUUGUUCCACUGAGGUCUUAUAUUUAUGUAAAAUUGUAUUUAAAUUUCAAUGAUUAAAAUCAUUGUAUAUAACCCGGCAUUAUGAAGCAUCCUAUGAACAAUAUAAAUUAUUUAUGUAAAUAUGACUUGUGGCCUUGUGAUCGAAUUUUUUUUGUAGAAAAACAACAGCUACAUAUGAAAGGAAAAAUGCAAAUAAUUAAGAUUUGAUCACGUCUCAGUGUGUCUUUAGCGUAUAGACUUAUUUCAUAUUUUAUUGGAACGUUUCAGACAAAAUAUUAAGAAAGCGUUUUGCACAUUUAUUUAUUGUUUUAUGCUACAUUUAGACCUAAAACUUGUUUAUUGACUUACCUAUAAAUUCACAGAUUUUGUUUCAGGUUAAAAAAAAGACCAAUGAGCCAAGAACAUUUGUUUAUAUGUAUAAACAUACAUAGGAUAAUCGCUGACCUGUUAGCUGAAUUUAGGUAAACCAUUCUAGGUUAGUGUAGAAACAAUUUUAAACAAUAAUAGUAUUACACCAGAAUUAUUUUUUUGCGAGGAAAAGUAUAUACACUUACUGAGCACUUUAUUAGGAACACUACACUAUAUAAUACUUAGCCUUUCUAAGGCACAGAUGUUAAAAAAAUAUUCCUUUGAGAUUCUGGUCCAUGUUGACAUGUAUACAGCACACAAUUCAAAGGGGGCACAAAACCCCAAAGGUGUUCUAUUAGAUUCAGAUCUGGUGACUGAAGGCCACUGAACUCUGAAACACUGAACUCAUUGCCAAAUGAUGCAUUAUGAUACUGGAAGUAACCGUUAGAAAAUGGGUAAAUUGUGCCUAAGAAUGCAGUAAAAAUACUAUUAGUGCAGGAAUACUGGCCCAAAAUGUCCCAUAAAGACAUGCUCCACACCAUUACACCACCUCCAUCAGUCUGGAUGGUUAACACAAGAUUACCUUGGUUCAUGAUUUUGAUACCACAUUCUGACCAUAUUCUCAGCAAAAAUUGACAUUCACCAGACCAUGCUUUCCAGUUUUCCAGUCUUCAGCUUUCAGGUUUUUGGUGAGCAUGUGCCCUUGGCUCAGAGAUGUUCGACAUGUGGUGCAUUAUGAAAUACUUUCAACUCACCACAAUUAUACAGAGUGAUUAUCUGAAUUACUUUAGCGUUUCUGUAAGCUCAAAUCAUUCUGGCAAUUCCAUGCUGACCUCUGUCAUCAGCCAGGUACUUCAGGCAGCAGAACUGCUGCUCACUGAAUGUUUGCACCAUUCUAAGAAACUGAUGUGUGUGAAAAUCCUGGAAUAUCAGCAGUAAUAGAAAUACUCAAACCAGCCCAUCUGGCACCAACAAUCCUGUGCACGGUCAGAGUUACUGAGAUGACAUUUUCCCUCAUUCUGAUGGUUGAUGUGAACAUUACCCGAAGCUGUUGGCCAUGCACGUGCAUCAUUUUAGGCAUUGCACUGCUGGAACAUGAUUGACUGAUUAGAUAAUUGCAUGAAUGUGUAGGUGCGCAUGUGUUCCUAAUAAAGUGCUCGGUGAAUGCACAAUAUUUUAUUAUAAUAUUUCAGAAUUUUUUAUUUUUUUUUUCUUUCCAAAAUUGCUAGGCGUGUUUCUAAGCACUACCUAGGCAUUUGUGUAUAUAUUAUAGAUCUUUUUCUAACAAUUUCACAAUUAGUCCUACCUAUUUUUUUCUAUUUAAAGACAUAAAUUCAGCAUUUUUUUCCCACAUGAAAACAAAACACAAAUGAAUCAAGAGCAACAAAUUGGCUCGGGAUAAACACGAGUGAAAAUCACUAACUUUUCAGCUAGAUUUGAAGAAGCACUGGUAGUAAUUAAGCUAACUUAUGAGGUAACCAUUUGUAAACAAUAACAGACUACAACCUGGAAACUCUGGGGGUUUUUUUAAGGGCCAGUGUGUACACUUUAAUACUGUUGCAGUUUAAUUCCAGUCUUAAACCUUUCCAUGUACAUGAUUUAGAUAUAAAUUAGACCAGAAACGGGUUGUUCCUUAAAAUUAAUACGGGGCUAAUUCUUCUGUACUGUUUGUUAGCUACAUGCUAGCUCGUGUUCAGCGCGUGAACAGAGUAGCUCCGACUAUUAUGAAUAUUUCAUUGGGCUUCUAGCCUCAUAAUUAAAAUAACUAAUUAAUAUAGGCUAUAAACGCUUAGGCCUUCGUUUAGAUCAAUGCCAGUCAAGAUUUUAAUAAUCCUCUGUUUAGUUAUUAGGAUGUUUCCCCCCCCCGAUGACCAGUUCGAUAAAAAAGAAAAAUUGAAGUGAAUAAUUUUGUUAAAACAUGUUUUUAUGUAUUUAUGUGUCUGCUUUCUGUGAUAAAAAUGUGUUCUUGUAUAUGUGACAAAUUGUAGGUUUAAAACAACAGAAAAAAAGCUUAGAAAUCUGCCCAAAACCACAGAGUGCACAAAACUCGAUUAAAGAAGAUAAUCACAUGAGAAAAUGAAAGACAAACGAACACACACACACACACAUAUCGAAGUUCCACUUGAUUUCUAUUUUCUACUUCUAU